UCAGAAUUUAAUGAGUUUACUUACUACUAAUACAUAAUUUUUAUCAAAAACACAGAAAGUUAAUCCGCAGACACAGUCGAAAUUAGUAAUUAGAAACCAAACUUCAGAAUCAGCAAGAUGAUCUACUUGCAAUGGUGUUGUUUUUGUGUAGAUUUGCGUAUAGGCACUUUUAUAGUAGCUAUAUCAGAUGUGCUAAUGGAUCUGUUAUUUGGCAUCUUCAUCUUUAUCUUUGGCGAGUCGGGUGAGCCCGACCUAUGCCACAAAUUGUUCUGUAUUUUCAUGUUAACGCACCUGAUAAGCGCCGUCUUUCUAUUUCUGGGUGCUUUAUGGCUACGUCCAAACUGUAUGCUCAUGUAUAUAAUGCUAACAUUGGUAAAGAUAUUGGCCAUGAUUAUUUUGGUAAUAUCGGAUGUAAUACUCGUCAUAUGGGCGCCAGUUAUAGCUCUAUAUGUUAUUAUGUUUGUUUUAGGCAUUUAUUAUUGGCUCGUCGCCUAUUCGUUUUAUGCUGCACUCGGAGGAGAUCUGUUCAUUUGAGAGGCAGGCAUCCUCAGUCCUAUGAUUCUAUAUGAUUAAAUUCAAAUCUCGUAUGUCAUUAUUUGAAAUGUCUUAUCUAUCAAUCAUGACAAAUAAAUACACAAAAAUACAUAUUAUUAAA